AUGGCCACUUCAAGCAGAGUGUUUCUCUCCCCCGUCGACACCGGCGUUUUCAGCACUGCUCCCAGAGCCGAUGCGGCCAAAACAGCCACCGAGGUUCUCCAGAAGAAUCUCGAGAAACAUCACAUCUAUUUUAAUAACCGCGGGUUCCAUAACCACAUCGUCCAUCAUAUCCUCACCAUCUAUGCGCUUGGCGCCUCCCCCGCAGCUAUUCAAGAGGCAUACCAGCGGAAUGCAUCCUACCAGCGUCCUGUUCUACCCGUCACCGAGUCGGUCGCCCACGCUCUACACGAUCGGGCCACCUUCAUAGGCUGCUUGGGAAGGGAGGAGCAUUACCCGAACUUCCUGGCCUUUUUCCAGGUCGAGAUUGCCAACAAGGGAGUCGAGCAUGUGCUGAACGAAUACCUGUUUGCCGAGGACGAGCGGGCGGAGGAUCUCCUCAUCAGACUCUUCUCCGGCCUCCUCCAUCCCAUCAUCCAUCUCGGCUUCGGCGUCGAGUUCAACCAGCCCGCCAUCGUCGCUGAAGCCCUCGCCCAGACCGCCAUCCACGACGACUGGAUCGGACCCAUGUUCCUGCUCCCCGCCGAGACGGCCGCUGGCGGUGUCGGUAAACGCGGCGACAAGUCCCUCUUCGAGAUCCUGCAGGAGGCCAGCACCGACCGCAAACUGGUCGACUCUGUCCGCUGGUCGGAUGAUAACAAUAUGCGGGACGGCGUGUUGACCCGCGCUCCUGCCGAGAUGAUCGCCUAUGCGAGUCAAUUCACCGUCUCCAAGGACCAAAUCAAGGAGAAGCAUGCUGAGAUUCUCAACACAACUGUCUAUUUCACUGCUGCAGCCCAAAAACCAGACAAGGAAAUCAAGAUGGAUUUCUUCUUCCUCCAUUGUGUCACCUCGUCCAUCUUCCUGUCGAAAUUUCUAGCCAUGCCCUCGCUGAGUCUGCGCGCCAAACUGCGUCUCCUCGAGUGGAAGGGACGCAUGGACCUGCUCGUCUAUGUGUCCCGCAACAGCCCCAAACUCACCAAGGAGAGAAUCACAGCACACCACACCAACAGGAACUGGGAUGUCCUCUUUGCAAAGGGCAUUGCCCACCCGGAAGAAGACGGCCAUUUGGUCAAGUUGCUCCGAGCGGUCGCUCACGCCGAGAAAGUCUGUCGUCCGCUGAACAUGACUGCCUUGCCUGUGUCUGAUGAUAUGUGGUUGAAGAUAGGCAAUAUGAUUGUGGACUCGGUGUCCGAUGAUCCCAUGUACAUCUUUUCCACGGGUUUCGAUGAAGCAUGGGUUGGUUUCAAGUCUGCCUAG